AUGAAAGGGAGGGAAAUGAGCUCUUCCCCUACUUAUGUAAGAUUGUCCAGCAGCAAUGAUGCAGAGGCAACAAGCUCUCCUAGGAAAGGUUAUGUUCCUGUACUUGUGGGAACUGACAAUGAAGACAUGGAGAGACUAUGCAUUCCUGUUAAGCUGAUAAAUCAUCCUUCUCUGGCUUCUUUACUUGAUGAUUCCGUCUUGGAUUUUGGAUAUACGCAGCACGGGUUACUUAGAGUUUCAUGUGGUGCUGAAGACUUCAAAGAAAUUGUCAAGAACAUAUCAAGAAGGAAGUAUGUUCUAUUCUAG